AAGAAGUCAGGUCGGCGGGGGCGACGAGGGGCGGGGAGUUGGAGUUGGAGGUGGAGGGGUCUGCUUUGUGUGGGCGCGGGGUUGGAGCUCGAGGAGGCUGCUGAUGAGGGGAAAAGUUAGAGACCUGGUAGAAUCAGGUUCAGCAUGGAGUCUGAAGAUGCUGUUGCUCCUGAAAAACUAAUUGAGGAUUUGAAUCUCUCGGAAAAACAGAGCAGUCCUACACAUCAUGCAUAUAUCCCCAGAGUCGUUAAAGAAGGUGUGAGUCAGUUGUCUGACUCGGGUAGAGAGGAUGAUGAUCUCUUCCAUGACUGCAAAGACUCUCUUGAAUCACAAGUGGUGGAAGAGAAUCACAACAGCCAGACAGAUUCUUUAGAAAAUGAGGUGGAUCUAGAUGAAAAAGAAUUGCUGGAACUGGAAAAAAACAUGUCAGAGGAAGAAAAAGAGAAAAGAAGAAAUGAAAGUACAACAUUAAAAGAAGAAGGAAAUAAACAGUUUAAAAAUGGAGAGUAUAAAGAAGCAGAAGAUUCGUAUGCAAAAGCCCUGCGGGUUUGUCCAGCCUCCUGUAACACAGACAGAUCCAUUUUGUAUUCAAAUAGAGCUGCAGCAAGAAUGAAACAGGACAAGAAAGAAAUGGCUAUAAGUGAUUGCAGCAAAGCUCUAGAGUUAAACCCAAACUAUAUCAAAGCACUGUUGAGGAGAGCAGAACUCUACGAAAAAACAGAAAAACUAGAUGAAGCUUUAGAGGAUUACAAAAAUCUGUUGGAGAAAGAUCCAUCGGUAUAUCAAGCAAGGGAAGCUUGCAUGAGAUUGCCAAAAGAAAUAGAAGAACGUAAUGAAAAACUUAAGGCUGAGAUGUUAGGCAAGUUGAAGGAUCUUGGGAACCUGGUUCUCCGUCCUUUUGGCUUAUCAACGGAAAACUUCCAAAUGAAGCAAGAUUCCUCAACUGGCUCCUACUCUAUCAACUUUGUUCAAAAUCCAAAUAAUAACAACCGAUAACACUAGCCCAAACUGCAUGUGGCAAAUAUUGGGCUUUGAGGCUUAAUGGUGAUGAGGUUUCGGUAAAUGCAAAAAGGAUGAGUAAACAUUUAAUGUAUAACACCAUUCUUUAAACUGGGAGGAUUUGAACUGAGA